AUGGGCACAAUCCUCCUACCAAUCGGCCCUCCAGGCUCCGGAAAAUCCACCCUCUGCAACGGACUACAACAGUUCCUAACAGCCAUCAACCGACCAUGUUCAGUGGGAAAUCUGGACCCAGCGAACGACAAUAUCCCAUAUCACGUCGCUUUCGAUGUUCGAGAGCUCGUCAAUGUUGAGGAGGUGAUGGAUCGGGAAGAACUGGGGCCGAAUGGCGGCACAUUAUGGGCUAUGGAGGAGCUGGAGGCGAACUUUGACUGGCUGGAGGAGCGAUUAGAGGAUUGCGGUUCAUUAGAAGAGACGAUUCUCCUUGAUCCACCCGGCCAAGCAGAACUGACGACACAUCACGACGCUCUUCCGCGCAUCCUACACAGACUGGAGAAACUAGGCUAUCGAAUCGUCGUCAUCCAACUUCUUGAUUCCGUCGUGCUUACUCGCCCAAGCCUCUACCUCAGCAGUCUUCUCCUCUGUCUAAGAGGAAUGCUCCAUCUCCCUUACCCAAUAAUCAACGUCCUAACCAAACUCGACAAUCUCAAAGCCGUAGGCGGCGCCGACCUCCCCUUCAACCUGGAUUUCUACACCGAAGUCCAAAAUCUCCACUACCUCCUCCCCUCGCUAGAAGCAGAGCAAGCCGCGUCCUCAACGAGCAACAACGAAAAGUGGUCCGCGCUCAACACAGCCAUCAUCGACCUCAUCUCCGAUUUCGGACUUGUGGGCUUCGAAACGCUAGCGGUGGAGGACAAGCAGUCCAUGGCGUCCUUGCUGGCGGCUAUCGAUCGCGCGAGCGGGCAUGUGUUUGCGGGCGCAAGGGCGACGGAUGAGAGCGGGCGCACGCUGGAGGAUGAGGCGAGUAUUUGGGCGCAGGCGAUGAGUGAGGGGUGGGGUGGGAAGUUGGAGGUGAGGGAUGUGCAGGAGCGGUGGAUUGAGCGGAAGGAGGAGCUGGAUGAGGCGGAGAGGAAGGGGUGGGAGGAGGAGGCGAGGUUGGCGGGGGCGUUGCCUGAGCAGAAAGCUGCUGCGAAGGUGGUGAGGAAGGAGGCGGCGCGUCAAGGAGAAGAGGAGGAUGACUUGCUUGCUGAGCAGGAGAGAUGGAGGAAUGAACGAGCGAAAGAUGGAGGCGGUGGUGGAGCGAACGUCGCCAAGAAGCCAGCUUGA